CCUCGUCAUGGAGCAUUUGGUUGAAGAGUACGUCAACAAGACCGAGUGCUACCCCGUCUCGGAGCGCCGCGCCCGCAUUCGAACCAUGCUCCUCGAGGUCACUCGGGCGCUGGAGCACCAUGGUAUUGAGUACUGGCUCGACAGCGGCUCACUUCUCGGCGCUGUGCGUGGUGGCGACAUCAUUCCUCACGACGUUGACGCCGACCUUGGCAUGACGCAAGCCUCGAUGGACGAGCUGCGGCGCACGAAUCUCUCGACGCUCUUGCCGCGCUACGAGCUUUUCCUGCGCGACAGUCCGCUGUACCAGGAUGGUCCAUUCCCUUACCUCCCAGGGCGGUUUGUCGACACGCACACGGGCCUGUACACGGACAUUUUCGAGUUCAUUCCGGCGCUUCGGCCGGCCAACAGCUCUUUCUCAACUGCAAAUGGCACGGUCGGCGCGCUGCUCAUGCCAUCAGUCAACGCAAUUGUCAACGGGACGAUUGAGAUGCUCGGGCCCGUAUCGUCGGGCUGCUGGUGGACGUGCAAAUACUGCGCUGCGUCGUGGCACUUUAGCAUCCCGCGCGACUGGGUCUUCCCGCUUUGACGAUGCUCGAUCGACGGCAUCGACGUGCUAUGUCCCGCGCAACCGGACAAGUACCUUACAAUGCUCUAUGGCGAGACGUACAUGAAGGUUUCCUAAUCCAAAUUCUAGAAUUGUC